AUGCUAUUAUUUGCUGCUUGCUAUGUCGAUGCUUAUGUAUAUGUCUCGGACCGACAGAGCGUUAAUGUAGGGCAAUAUAACUCAACACAAGAUGAAAAUAGUUCUUUAAGGAAAGAGAGACGAUGUAACGUUAAUGAUGAUGAUGAUGAUGAUUUGAAAGAGAACACAGAAGAGAAAAAAUAA